UCAAAUCCAUUACACAGUUGAUGAUGAUUCUUCAAACUACUGCUCUAGUUUUGGUAGGGCUUGUGUUGGUAUCUGCCAAUCCUGGAAGUGACACAAAGUCGGAAGCAAAAGGGGAAAAAGUUUCGGUGACUGAGAAAAAACAUGAGAAACGAGGACUCAUCGACUUAGGAUAUGGUGGCGGUUACGGAGGGGAAUAUGGUGGCAGUUUGGAUCUAGAAAGUCAUGGAGGUUAUGACCUAGGAGGUCAUGGUGGAGGUCUUGAUCUAGGUUUCGGGGGAUAUGGUGGUGGGUAUGGAGGUGGUUACGACGAAGGUCACGUAAAAGCCAUCACCAUCACCAAGGAAGUUAAAGUACCUUACCCAGCACCUUAUCCCGUUCCAGUUGAGAAAAAAGUAGCAGUACCGUAUCCAGUCAAAGUAGCCGUGCCAGUUGACAGGCCUUACCCAGUUCACGUACCCAAGCCUUACCCUGUUCCAGUCGUGAAGCCGGUGCCAUACCCAGUAGUGAAAAAAGUUCCCUAUCCGGUGAAAGUACCAGUGAAAGUACCUUAUCCAGUUCCUCACCCAGUGGCAGUACCCAAACCAGUUCCAUAUCCAGUUCACAAGCCAGUGCCAUACCCAGUGAAAGUGCCCGUAAUCGUCGAGAAGAAAGUACCUAUUCUUGUUCAUGACCAUGAGGGUUACGGAGGAGGUUAUGGUGGAGGGUUUGGAGGAGGUUUUGGUUUCGGAGGUCAUCAUCACUACUAAAAUUCACCACUGCUAAUAUUCCAUUGUUGUAAAUUCUAUCAGUAUUUGUUAAACUGUUUUCUACCAAUUUAUUUAUUCCUGUUUUCUACCUGAAUAAAGAUAUUCUAUUUGUA